AUUUAAUAAAACCGAUAACCGACUCUUAGUACGGAACAAAAGUAACCAAAAAUUGUAUUUAUAAACCUAAUUUUUAAAACUAUUUAACAAAAUGAUUUGUUCCGAUUUUUUAGAAUUUCAGGAUGUCUUGAGAAAGAUGCGUGUUCUAGAUGAUAAGAUUGUGUAUGCGCUUAACACGUCCUUACCUACAGAAUCGUUUUCAAGUAAGAUCAAUGCUCAAUCUGCGUGCCAAGAACUACAUUCACAGAUCCAAAAAGGACAUUCAGAAAGAGAGACUGUCAUCAAAAAUUGCAUUGUAUCCACUGCCGAGACAGUCAAGAAACUAAAAGCCGCUAAAGACGAAAAGCCUGAUGAUUUCGAUAUUAUGAAAAAUUUGAAAGCUGAACAAAAAAAGUUAAGACUCUUGCAAACGGAACUCAGUGUUGAAGAAGUUAUUCAAGAAAAAACUACGAAACUGUUCACUGAGAAAUGCAGAAGUCAUUACAAGCCUGAUAAUUUAUGAAGACUGAUGAAUUUUGUUAUGGAAUUGAUAGUGUAUAUACAUAUAAAUAGAAUUUAGAGACUGUUGAAUUUC